AUGGAUUCCACAACACACACGGAGCAGUCAAUAGAACGCGAGGCAUCUGCCGUCGAUGCUGACAAGGAGGGCGUGGAGAUCAAGUCUCUUGUCAAUGUACACGAACACCAAUUGGACCCAAGGAUCAGUGUAACAUCAUUUCAUAUCCGUCGGAAUUCUGAGGCUUUAAAUUCUGGUGGGGAGAAGGGGUUAGAAGAGCCCUUGUACAUUGAGUUUAAGGAAGGUGACAAACGCAAUCCUAUCAAUUUUUUACGAAAGAAAAAGUGGGGCAUAACAGCCCUCGCCUGCUUUUCCACUGUCAUUUCAGCCGGAACUGCAGGCGCAUACAAUCUCGGAUUCGCGUCUAUGACAAGAGACCUCAAUUGUACCGAUUUCCAAGCCACAAUCGGAUUAAGUGUCUACGCGCUUGGGUUUGGAGUAACACCUCUUGUAACCGCCUCUUUCAGUGAGGAGCUAGGCCGGCUCCCCCUGUACUAUGGCUCUGGAAUUGGCUUCUUGCUGAUGUAUAUGAUGAUUGCUCUUUCGAAGAACAUACAAACUGUUAUCAUUGCACGCUUUCUACAGGGUGCAUUUGGAUCCACUGGAUCCACUAUGGUCGGUGGCACCGUCGCGGACAUAUGGUCGUCCAAAGAACGAGGACUUCCGAUGGCCAUAUUUUCCGCGGCCGCCGUUGGAGGUACAGGACUUGGGCCAGUUUUUGCUGGAUGGAUUGAGAUGAACCCGAGACUUGGAUGGAAAUGGAUUCAGUGGAUUCAAAUGAUAAUCUGCGGAUUUUAUCUUUUACUGUUGCCAUUGUUUAUGCGAGAAACUCGCUCUGCCGUCCUUUUAACUAGGAUAGCCAGAAAAUUGAGAAAGGAAACCGGAGAUCCACGUUACCGGGCAAGGGUAGAAGACGAACGUACCAGCUUACGCACCCUGAUCUACAUUUCGUGUACACGACCGAUUUAUCUGAUGCUGACUGAGAUGAUCGUCUCAAGCUUCAGCUUGUGGAUCGGCUUUGCUUGGGGAAUCACUUACUGCCUGCUGGAGUCUGUUGGGCUUACAUUCACCAAUCUCCAUGGUUUCAAUACCGGAGAAGUUGGUACCGUCUUUACGGCUAUGAUCAUUGGCACUGGCCUCGGCUUCCUAACGAAUUUGUAUCAAGAACGCCUCUAUCAUAAGAAUGUUCUUACACGAGGACCUGAAGCACGACUCUAUGGCGCUUGCUUCGCAGCCAUCCUCCUUCCCACAGCCAUGUUCAUCUACGCAUGGUCAUCUUUCACAUUCGUUCAUUGGAGUGUGCAAGCUAUCGGCAUCGUCCUUUUCACUUGGUCAGCGUACACCAUCUACAAUACUGUCUUUACAUAUCUGGCGGAUUGUUAUGGCCCAUUCGCUUCGUCUGCACUCGCAGGCCAGAGCCUUGCUCGUAACAUUGUAGGCAUGGCGUUUCCGCUAUUCACAAAGCAGAUGUACAAGGCUCUCGACUUCAAGUGGGCCAAUACCCUCUUUGGAUGCCUAGGCACAGCGAUGGUGCCCAUCCCCUUCAUCCUCUUUUUCUAUGGUCCCGCAAUACGUCGAAGAAGCAGGUUCUCCCGAAUGGUUAUGGAGGCAGCCGACGUAUCAUGCUGA